AGCUCUCUGAUUGGCUGACGCCUCAGAAUUCCCUAUAACUGUUUUCCCGACGUCACAUAUAAACGUCCCGCAGCGCGAGCCUGUUCAUGUUGGAGCUGCUGUGUCGUCUGCUUCACAUUAAAGAGCUUAAAGAAGGGAGAACACAGGACCAGAGGACAUGAUGAAGUUUGUGUUCCUGCUGCUCGGCCUCAGUGUCGGGCUCAUCCAGGCUUUCCCCUCCCAGGACCCGGACUCAGACAGCGGGAAGAACUGGGUCCUCAUCGUGGCUGGAUCCAACGGCUGGUACAACUACAGGCACCAGGCUGACGCGUGCCAUGCCUACCAGAUCGUCCACAAGAACGGCAUCCCAGACGAGCAGAUCGUGGUCAUGAUGUACGAUGACUUGGCGAAUAACGAGCAGAACCCGACACCCGGCGAGCUCAUCAACAGACCCAACGGCUCGGACGUGUACAAGGGAGUUCCUAGAGACUACACCGGGGACGACGUGACCCCAGAGAACUUCCUGGCCGUGCUGAAGGGCGACUCUGCGAGCGUGAAAGGCGGCUCUGGAAAAGUGUUGAAGAGUGGCCCCAAAGACCACGUGUUCGUGUACUUCACAGACCACGGGGCCCCUGGUAUCCUGGCCUUCCCAAAUGAUGAUCUCAAUGUCAAAGACCUCCAGGAUGCCAUCACAUACAUGCACGAAAACAAGAGAUACAAAAGGAUGGUGUUCUACAUCGAGGCGUGCGAGUCCGGGUCGAUGAUGAACAAACUGCCCGCUGACAUCGACGUGUACGCCACCACAGCAGCCAACGGCCACGAGUCGUCCUACGCCUGUUACUACGACGAGAAGAGGGACACGUACCUGGGAGACUGGUACAGCGUCAACUGGAUGGAGGACUCUGAUGCUGAGGACCUGACCAAAGAAACUCUGUUGAGGCAGUACAAGAUCGUGAAGAGCCACACCAACACCAGCCAUGUCCAGCAGUACGGAAACAAGACGAUGGCCCACAUGAAGCUGAUAGCGUUCCAGGGUAACGCCAAGGCAGUCAACCGCCCCGUUCCCCCCGUAACCCUGCAGCCAAUCACAAGUCCUGACCUGACCCCGAGCCCUGACGUCCCUCUGGCCAUCCUGAAGAGGAAGAUGAUGUCCACGAAUGACCUCAAAGCUGCACGGGGGCUUCUGAAGGAGAUCAGCGCCCACCUCAAGGUCAGGGAGAUGAUGGCGGACACCAUGCGUAAAGUUGUCGGGAUGGUGACCUCCAGCAAGCAUAAGACCGAGGAGGUUCUGAACGAGCACGCGGAUCUCACCCAGCACGAGUGCUACAGGGCCGCGAUGACCCACUUCAAAUACAACUGCUUCAACUGGCACAAAACGGAGUAUGAAUACGCUCUGAGACAUCUGUACGCUCUGGUCAACCUGUGUGAGAGAGGAUACUCCACAGACAGCAUCCAGGUUGCCAUGGACGCCGCGUGUCGCUUCGAGUAAAAGACCAACCUGUGAAAGUCUCACACCAAACUUCCUCCCUGUGUGAAACCCCGGGGAAGACGAGAAGCCUCUCUUUGCACUGCUUAGGAAUCAAUCUGACGUGGAGUUGACGUUAUUGUUUUAUCAACACACUAACACUUGUUGUUUUUUUUUAAUUUGUAUUUUUAAAGUGACGUUUUCUGAUUUUACUGAGAAUUUUAAACUUGUUUUAAGACGAGUCGCACUUUUGCUGUGAAGAAUUUUUGGAUAUUUUUUCUGCUUCUGAUUGUUUUUAGGAGAUAAAUGAUCGCAUGUAAUUCUUGUACAUUUGUUUUUGCUCUCAGCUUUAUUUGUGGUACGGCUGCAUGAAGGAAUGUUCCAUGCAUAUGUAAAGGACGUACCACUGAACAGUGAAUGUUUCAAAAAAACUCAAGACAAUUUGUAACAGGGAUCUUGAAAUAAAUCAACCAAAACUCCUUAAAAA